UUUAAGAUUAAAAAUAAUAAUGAGUGAAACAACAGUAGAACCUGGAUCAUAUGGCUUACAUGAUACUAUGAGAAAAGGGUUUAAUCACGCCUUAUCAAAUGUGACAGUGAAUCACCCUGUAGAGUAUUCAGAAAAGAUGUAUUUUGUGAAUGCUGAAAAAAAAGAGCUGUCAGCAGUAAGAACAGCACAUGGACUUCAUAUGCCAGUGAAGCUGAGAAUGGAGAAAGCUGUUGCUGCCAAGAUUCACAGACUACCUGGACUGCCAAGUUCGAAUUUAGCUCUGCGUACACUGAUGGGAAUUAAUGAUAUGAUCGGCCCGGAAGAUAUAUUUAAUGAUACACCGGAACAAAUGGACUAUUUAGAUCUCAAGUUGUAACUUUAAAAUAUCCCUUUUUAGUCUUGUUUAUAUUUAACGAAAUAUUACUUCGAUACUACUCAAA